UUAUGAUAUACCAAAAACAUUGAUUUCCCUAAAAAAUUAGCAUUUAAAAUGUCGAUUUAAUAUACCUAGAAAACAGUCAUUUAACUACAAGGAUAUUUAGUGGUAGCAGCAAACCAAAAUAUUGGGGAUAUAACAGUACUUGAUGUGCAAGCAGUUAAAGCAGUGCGAUUGAAGGACAUGGAAACGGAAGUCCUUUGGAAACAACUAGUUAAAGCAGUAGAUAACACUUCAAACCUGUGAUAUAAUAUAAGACUCUAUAAUAUAAGUAGGACUUUCCUUAAAUAUAAAAGAGCGCAUGUGGUUCAUUCCGCCCAAUGAACACUGUAUUUUUCGACCAAUUUGUGUGAAGAGGAUUAAUGGGCGUCUGGGCGAGCGAUAACAUGAGGGAUGAUUGGCCUGUGUGUUGUGGCUCUGGACUCUUUCGCAUGGACUCCGUCUUAUCAGACGCGCGUGGAUGCUGCUCGGUUGCAGACGUCUCCAAUCAGCUGACAAGUGGACGCGUACUGAACGGGAACGGAGACAGCCUGCGGCCAGGCUUUCUCACCUGUGAAAAUUAAUCGCAUCCUCAAUUAACAAUCACACGGUUGCCGCUGACAAGGUGUUGCAGGUGCAAUGCUAGCGCCUGGCGAGGUCGCAGCCAAGUUCAGAGGCCAGUGGCAAUGAUGACAACUGAGUGGGUGCCCCCCUUGCGAAGAUUCGAAAAUAUAUGCACACGCCAGUAUACAUACAGACGGAGCGAAGGCAAAUCUGCUUUUAGGUCACACAAAAGGCUCUCGCAGCAGCAGCAGCAGCAACAGCACCAUCGACAGGAGCAACAGUAGCAGCAGCAUUAGCAGCAGCAAAGGAAUUCCAAGAAAGAACCAACAAAAUCAAAAUUAGAUGCUAUCCAUUCCAAGUAAAAGUUAUUGAGGAGCUUUCGCCAUGCCAUCCCGUCGCUCCGGUGGCGGUGGCACCACCAAGAGGAAACAUUCCCUGGGCAACCUGAGGCGGGCACAUCCUGCCUCAGGGGCCACAUGGAAUGUUCAGGUGGUGCGGGGCAAGAUGUCCUCGAAGUGCCUGUGGCAUGCCUGCCGGGCACUGAUCCUGGGACUCACCCUAAUGCUCCUCGGUGCCGGAAUGGCCACCCUGGGCUACUAUGCAGAUCAUCUCUCGAUGGGCUCUGAGAUCAGGGGCAAUGUGACGGUCCGCGUUAAGAACGACCUGAAGGGCUUCCAUUUGAACAACUUCGCUUAUGUGGGUCCCAUUGUCAUGGGCUUUGGUGGCUUUAUUGUUGUCGCCUCCUGUGUGAUGACCUUCGAGGCUAGGGACUCGGCAGCCAAAGUGGUUCCAGCACGACUGAGAGCAGGAGGAGGAGGGAGCAAUAAGAAUCCCUCGAGAAGCAACCAGGGAAGCUCCGCAUCGCAACGACGCGGGAUGGGUGCUCAAUACCAGUCCUCUCGGUGGGAUCAGCACUUUGGAGUGUUCCGAUCAUCACCCGGCGAUGGACACCAGCAGCCACAGGCGGCUGGCAUUUCGGCCACACAUCAGCAUCCGCAUCCUCACCAGCAGCAACCCUUCGACCGGGAGGCACUCACCGCCGAACUGGUCAAGUUCUCCAGAUCACUCAGCGCCUCCACACGCUUCUGCCCGCAGUGGCGCCGCCUCGGGGCCGGCUCCGCUCCGGAUCUGUCCGGCGUCGGCGGUGCUUCCGCUUCCGCUCAUAGUCAUGCCAACAUCAACACCACCCACCACCACCACCACAACCACAAUUCCACCAUUACAGCCACCAUAGCCAACGCCACUAAUUACUACAAUUUGCUCUCACUGAACAACCGCCUGUCGCCGCUGGAAUGGGAACUGUAUUGCUCGCAUCGUCGCCAUCGACACCAUCACCGUCACUCGCAUCACUCACACUCGCACAAAUCCUCGAGCAGCAGUGUGCGUCGCGUGCGUCAGAUGCGACCCGGUUCGGGCUCGGGAUCGGGCUCGAAUGCCGGCGUAGGAGGAGCUGGCUCCUCCUCGUCGGCCAGAAUUAUAAGCAACUCAUCCAGCCUGAUCCAACGAGCCACCAGGGAGUGCUCCCUGUUGCAGCCACCGGCUGCGGGUCGCGUCUACUGGCAGGCCUCCUCCUUUGACGGCGGCAGUGGUCCGCCUCUGGUGGGGAUUAGCACGGGGGCAGAGAAGCGCAGCGAGCGGAACAAGCGCUCGGAUACGGCCAAGAGGCAUGUGCUAGCCCGCCAGAGACCCAUCGAGCAGGAGGAGGCACGCGAUCACAGUCGCAGUCCAUUGGGACACAGGCGAAACUCAACCAUGUCGGACUCCUCGUACAGCGGCCGCUGGACGGCUCGCUGUGCGUCCAUAGCCAGUCGUACCUCCAGCAUUGAAUCCCGGCGUGUCCAAGUGGAUCUUCAUAGUCCCGAGGUGAUCCCCAAGUCGAUAUUGCGCUCACCCAAGCGGUAUAGUAGUGGGCCCUCAGCCACGCCCUCCGUGGACAGAGAAUUUCGAAGCCAAUUAUCAGUGUGCUCUGAGCCGCCUCCGCCAGUUCGUCAGCUAUCGGGACAGUCGAGUAUGGAGCCUGCGGUGCCAGAGGAGUGUCUGGACCAGCAGCCGGAGGAGCUGCUGGAUUCGCCGCAACCCAAGAACUCCUACGAGGAGAUCACCGAACUGCAACAUCACACAAGCAGUCUGCCACCGAAGAAGGCUCGACCGGGAUUCCUGCCCCUGGCAUCUGCUCGCAGCGAACAGGAAGAGGAUCAGAAGCCAACGGCGGCUCCGCUCUACCGGAGCAACAGCUCCCGACAGUUUUACAGACCCAAGAAGGGAGUGCCCAAUGAGCGGGAUGAUUCAGUGUUCUACAUACGUUCGAUGGAACGAGGAUUGGCCGGAGCUGGAGCUGGUGGGAGCGCCGAUGAGCAAAUGUAUGACUCCCUGCGUGUGAUCAACGAGAGGAGAACCACUCUCCUCAAGGCGGACUCACAGAGCUCGCUGGGAUCGGCGGAACGGAAACUGAGCAGUUUCUCCCUUAAAAUGCCAGAGAUAACUGAGCGGGAGAACUCUUUUGAAAUUGAUAUGGAUGCUGAGGAGCCACCACAACAGCCACCGAUGCCACCUGCACCUCCGCCUCCUCCUCCACCGCCUCCACCGCCGCUGCCAUCGGUUCCUAUACCCGCUGACCCAUCUGCAGAUAUCGAGCUUGGAGAAAUCGAUGAUGAUGAUGAUCCCUAGGAGCGAAUGGAUCUUAGCCCUUCGUAGCGUUUAACCAGCAGCCAUCGACAAUUACUUUAGCAACUCGAUUGAUGUUUGUAUAUGUAUUUUUGUGCGUGUGCGUGUCGUUUAUUUUUAUAACCCCUAGAUCGUACCUAGAUAAGUGUUAUAUUUACAUGGAUAUAUACCAGCAAUAAUCCCUGUGUUGCCUCGGGCCUAAAAGCAAAGAACUAACGAAUCUUCAACGAUGUCUAUUAACUUGAUUAACUAACUGAUGUUACUGUACAAAUAUCGGCAGUUGCGAUCGAAAUAGUUAUGUUUAAAAUACUUCAAACCAUUAAGCUUUUGAGAUAUUUAUUUAUAACUCUUAAAAUAUCCUAUAUGGAAAUCUUUAAUUAUAUUAAAUUAUUUAUUUGGAUCGCAGCUGUCAGCACUAGUCUUCCUAUUGUUAGAAUAUGAGAUAUAUCAUGAUGUUAUUACUGGGCCCUGGAUCUGGUGGCCAUAUCAUUGUUAUCAAUACUACAUACUAUAUAUUUAUCGGUUACUGUUAAAUGCUAAUCUACAAGAUAUACUAAAUAAUGAGGGCGAGGCCGAAUACAUACCAUGCUUGCGUAUACCCUGUAAAAAGUACAAUCAGCUUAUAGUAAAGACUGAUUAGGGAAAUUGUUUUACAAAUUGGUCGACAGCGAAAUGGAAAAUAUGAGCAAUGAAAAGCUACAAAAUCUGGCAUCGGAACACGGAUUAUGUUCGAUACACAUACAAAAUACAGGUGGGGCCACAGAAAUCUCUAUGUGAUUUUAAAUCAAUUUUGCAGUGAUAUAAUUCAUAGAGAUUUCUGUAGGACCCCCAUAGACUCUUUAUGCUCUUAGUGUUACACCCAAUACAUUACAAGUACCUUUACGAUUAUAUAUCUGAGUGUUUAUUUUUAAGCAAUUACAACGUUUCUUGUUCCAUAAGUGUUAAAAAAAAGCUACGAGCAUUCAAAAUGAUGGAGUUAGUUGUAAUGGAAAGCCCUGUUGAUGUGCAGCGAAUUUUUGUAAUAAUGUUCAUUGCAUAAUUAAUAUUGCAUAAAUAAAAGCAAACAAUGUGUGUCUAA